AUGAACGCCCUUCGGUCCAGUUCCGCUUUCGCACGCCGGUCCCUGGCCCCUCCUGCCCCUCUCUCUAUCUCUUCUCGUCUUCUCUCUUCUUCCUCCUCCCCCUCCUCCAAGAGAUCUAUCUCCUCAUCCUCUCUUGCUCGCCCUCAGAGACUCGCUACUGCUUCCCGCUGGUCCGGACAAAUUCCUUCCCUGUACCUCAGCCAAACCCGCACGAUGGCGACCGAGACCAAGAUUAAGGUUAAGAACCCGGUGGUGGAACUGGAUGGUGAUGAGAUGACCCGUAUUAUCUGGCAAGACAUCCGCAACAAGUUGAUUCUGCCGUACCUCGAUAUCGACCUCAAGUACUACGAUCUCGGUCUUGAGUACCGUGACCAGACCGAUGACCAGGUCACCAUUGAUGCUGCCGAGGCUAUUAAGAAGUACGGUGUUGGUGUCAAGUGUGCUACCAUCACCCCCGAUGAGGCCCGUGUUGAGGAGUUCAAGCUGAAGAAGAUGUGGCUCUCCCCCAACGGAACCAUCCGUAACAUCCUCGGUGGUACCGUUUUCCGUGAGCCCAUCAUCAUCCCCGCCAUUCCCCGUCUGGUGCCUGGCUGGAACAAGCCCAUCGUUAUUGGCCGUCACGCUUUCGGUGACCAGUACCGUGCCCAGGACCGUGUCAUCACCGGCCCCGGUAAGCUCGAGCUCGUCUUCACCCCCAAGGAUGGUGAGCCCGAGCGCAUCCAGGUCUAUGACUUCCAGGGCGGUGGUGUCACUCAGUGCCAGUACAACACUGAUGAGUCCAUCCGUGGCUUCGCCCACGCCUCUUUCCAGAUGGCUCUCAUGAAGGGUCUACCCUUGUACAUGAGCACCAAGAACACCAUCCUCAAGAAGUACGAUGGCCGCUUCAAGGACAUCUUCCAGGAGAUCUUUGAGAAGGACUACGCCAAGGACUUCGACGCUAAGAAGAUCUGGUACGAGCACCGUCUCAUCGACGACAUGGUCGCCCAGAUGAUCAAGUCCGAGGGUGGCUUCGUCAUGGCCCUUAAGAACUACGACGGUGAUGUCCAGUCCGACAUCGUCGCUCAGGGCUUCGGCUCCCUUGGUCUGAUGACCUCCACCCUCGUCACCCCCACCGGCGAGGCCUUCGAGUCCGAAGCCGCUCACGGCACCGUGACCCGUCACUACCGCGAGCACCAGAAGGGCCGCGAGACCUCCACCAACCCCAUUGCCUCCAUUUUCGCCUGGACCCGCGGUCUCGUGCAGCGUGGCAAGCUCGAUGAGACCCCCGAGGUCAUCGCUUUCGCCGAGGAGCUCGAGCGCGCCUGCGUUGAGGUCGUCAACGACGAGCUCAUCAUGACCAAGGAUCUUGCUCUGGCCCGUGGCCAGAAGCAGCGUGAGGCCUGGGUCACUACCAGCGAGUACAUGGCCGCCGUUGAGCGGCGCCUGAAGGCCAACCUCAAGGCUCGUUUGUAG